AUGGGAACAUGCUGCGCAGCCAGGCCAAGAGGAAAAGAGCUUGAUAUAAUAUCAACAAAUCGAAAUGUAACACAAAGAUUGCUUAAAACAGCUAGAGUGGAAACUCGUGAAGUAGGAGUUCUUGUGAACUCAAUUAGCUUAGAAGGCUACUAUUCAUCUUCCUGCAGUUCCAGAAGAGAUCUAAAUUCAACUAAAAGAAGUGGCUACGACAUAGAAACCAAUAAAAGUGAUUCCAGAAGAGCAAAUGUGCCACAAAUUCCUAUAAAUAAAACAUUAUUUACAAAAGAAUCAGAAAGUCAAAGCCAAAAUUCCCUCAUGCAUUCUUUAAGAAAUGACGAAGCAAUCGAAAAUUCCAGAAGUUUUUCAGAAAAUCCUGAAAGCAAGCCACGAGAUUUGCUGAGUUUAAUUAAAAGUCGAAAUUCAAGCGUCGAAAGUAUUCAAUCAUCGAGUGUAAAUAAACCGCACUUACCUUUAGAGCGAAAUUCAGUAAGUGAAAUUAAGCUUUCACCUUCAAAUUCAAUCAGCGUCAUUCAACUAUCGCCAGACGGCACACCAUACAGUAAUCCUCGAAAUCUACUGACAAAGAAAUCAUCAUUUUUAAAUAUUCCAGAAAAAACCUAUAUGCGUCAAGAAUCAUUGAUAAGUGAGGACUCAGGAGUUUUUUCUGAUGACAGUGUUGACUCAGACAGAGGUGGAAUGUCACCUAUAGAUAUCCUUGCUCCAUUAAAAGAUCCAGCAAAGGAUUUUCAAAGUGCGAAAACGAUGAAAAAGCAUGUAUCUAUAAGGAGCCCAUCGAAAGAAGAUCUUAGCAUUGAAAAAUCAACGCUUAAGCCUACAGCAAGAAACUCGUUUAUGACAAUAAAGAAAGUUCAAGUCAUCCACACAAAAGAAAUCAAUAGAGUCAAGCUUACUAAUGACAAAUUUCAGCUGAACCAAUAUACUGCUGACUGCAUGGUAGGGCAAGGGGCUUUUGGCAAAGUUUACCGGGCGAAAGACAGUUCUGGAAAUUUAGUAGCAAUAAAAAUAUAUAAUAAGCAGCAAUUAAGACACAGAUGGAUAGGGAAAGCAAAAACUGCACUUUUUGCAGUGAAAUGUGAAAUAGAAAUCAUGGAGAAGCUUGAGCAUCCUAAUGUUUUGCAGCUUUAUGAAGUAAUUGAAAACGACGUCUGCAACAAAAUUUAUAUGAUUUUAGAAUUCGCACCAGGAGGGACCUUAAACGAAAUAUCGCCUAUGGAAGAAAAAGAAGCUCUUUAUUACUUCAAGCAGCUAAUUCUAGGGCUGGAAUAUCUCCAUGAAAAGGCACUCGUGGUGCAUAGAGAUAUAAAGCCUCAGAAUUUAUUGCUAGAUGAAUACUUAACUUAACUUAAUUAUUCGGUGUUUAAGGUGUCUAGUGCCGCAGACACCAAAAAUGGACCUUUUAGCUAAACUGGUGACGUCACGGAGCUAUCUUGGAAUCGCGGUGGUCAGCCCAACCGGCCAAACCUUCUAUCAACGCUUCGCCUCCAGCCGCCGCACAUCUCACCCGGCGCGUUGCCGUCGCUCUGUCUCGACUCAGCUCCUGCGCGUGUUCCGCCUAAGGGUCAUCCUCCCGUGGGGAUGUGCUGAGGGGUAAAACUCCGAAAUCUUGAACGCACUGAGGAGCUGUUCCUUUGGUUAUCCCCAAAGUUAAACAGCUAUUGCUGUGCAGAAGUUCUCGAGAGAAAACCCAACCCCAUAAAUAAAAUUCUAUGAGGGAGAGAAAAUUAGCAGAGCUAAUUUCUCUCGAACCGAAUGCCAUUUUUAUUUAUAUUGCUAGAUGAACACAAUAAUCUAAAAAUAUCAGAUUUCGGGUCUGCCCAAGAAAUGGCAAAUGGAAGAGACGAAUUUUCUAAUAGUGCAGGGACUUGGGCGUUUAUGGCACCUGAAUUGCAUGGAGGAAAUGGAUCAUUUAAGGGAAGACCUGUAGAUAUAUGGGCAGUCGGAGUAACCUUGUUUUAUAUGCUGGAAGGAAAAACUCCAUUCAAUGGGAGGAGGCUGAUUGAUCUGUAUGAAGCUGUGAAAAACCAAGAAGUGGUGGUUCCCGAAAAAUAUAACGAUGACUUGAAGGAUCUGAUUUUGAAAAUGCUCAAUAAAGAUCCAGACCAACGAGCUUCCAUAGAACAGAUAAAAUCCCAUCCUUGGGUAAAACUUGUAUAA